ACAGAACGUAUGUAAUACUUUUUUGCAAACUCUUUGUAUCGCACAGAAUCGUUUUUCGGUGAUUGGAUGUUGGAAAAUGCGACAUGCUUGUAACGACGAAUCACAGCGCGGUAUCUUCUACGCAGUAAGAUGAAAGCGAUGGUGUGUACUAAACGUUUGAAGAACGUCGCGCGAGGGAUGUGAAAAGUGUUUUUUUCACAACCUGUGACUAACUGGCCCGUUUUUUUUUUCUCGUUACAUCUUGUUAGAUGCGUUGGGCACUCAGCUGUGGUAUGGGUAUGUGACGACGGAAGAUGUUUUGAUGGUAAAGGCUUACACACCAGAUUUUCACCCGAGACACGAACUGUCAUCCGUUCGAAAACCGAAACGGACUUUGUUACGUGUAUCGGUGAAAAAACAAGCAAUUUAUGAUGGGGACAAGGCUCGAAAUAUCCCACGUCAAAAUUAUCGCGAUCGUUUAAUCGCAACGUUGGGAUUAAGGAACCGAAGCACGCUGAUCGAGAAACGCGAAGCUAGAGUUGUCGAUUUUUCAAAAUGGGAAAUUGUUUGAAACGCGCUGGAAGCGGUCAGCAGGACAAUACCACUUUGCUGAGUAAUAAUCCUGAUCCUCCUACAUUGACUAGCGGUUCCUUGCAAGAAGGCCUUGGACCUCCGAUGCCUAACAAUGAGGCAGUUACUUUUUCAUAUGCACCGGUAUUUACAAGGGAACUUCAUCUUCAACAAAUUGGUAUCGGUGUUAAUCUAGGAACAGGCAGCGAAGAAGAACAACAAGUUAGAAUAGCAAAACGCAUAGGACUGAUCCAACAUUUACCUAUGAGAGAAUAUGAUGGGACUAAAAAGGGAGAAUGCGUGAUAUGUAUGAUGGAGCUCCAGGUGGGAGAGGAAGUGCGUUAUUUACCCUGUAUGCAUACUUAUCAUGCUGUAUGUAUCGACGAUUGGUUACUGCGUUCCUUGACUUGUCCAUCAUGCAUGGAACCAGUAGAUGCAGCAUUGAUUAGUUCGUAUCAUCCAACCACUUAACAGCAUGAAGGAAGGAACAUGGAAUAGCUAAUCGGGUUAUGUUCUGCACGUGGAUCAUUGAAAAGAAGUAAAGUGUAUUUACGAA